GUUACUCUAAAUUUCUGUAAAACGAGAAGAGCGAUUUUCAUUUUGCCUGCCUUAAAUCGAAUCUUGAUCGAAUCAAUUAAUAAUAUUUACUUGUUACGUGAUUUUGUUAUUAAAAUCAUUUAAAUGCGACAUUGUUUAUGAAGAUUUUGUCUUUGACUUUUUAAGUUAAAAUUUAAUUUGUUAAUACAAUAAAUGAACUCAGUAGGAUAUUGUUACACCUGUGAACCGUAAAAUUGAAAAUUAGGAAAUCUUUUUAUUAUUUAAGUGACGGAACUCCGUUAUUAAGAAAUUAAUAUGCCUCAUGAUUUAAAAGGACUGGCUGCGAGGAAAGCAAUAAUGGCUCCAUUGUCUCCCACACCAUGUGCAGAAAUCAGUGAUGAUGAACUGGUUUCCAUCUCUGUUCGAGAUCUCAACAGACAGCUGAAGAUGAGAGGAUUGACAAGGGAUCAAAUAGUUAGAAUGAAACAAAGACGGAGGACAUUAAAGAACCGAGGCUAUGCUGCAUCAUGUCGUAUAAAAAGAAUUGAACAGAAAGAUGAAUUGGAAACAGAGAAAAGUCAGGAAUGGCAUGACAUGGAAGCUAUGCAAGACGAGAAUAACAGGAUUCGGGAGGAGAUCGAAGCCCUCAGAUCUAAAUAUGAUGCACUCAAGCGAUUUGCUCAUAUGAAGAGUAUUCCAUUACCACCAGAGUUGGACAUUCUGCCUUAGUGUAUAUAUUUAAUAAUUAUUUCGUAUUCUCAUAAGACAUAGAAUAAACAACGUCAAACGAAAGCCUGUGAAAGGUCUCAGUAUUCUCUUGAAGCCUACAUGUGCAAUCUUUUGUUAUUUAACUUUCUAUUGCCAUCGACAUAUUAUUAAUGUCCUACUCACUAAUCUGUUAUUGCUUGCGAUGGCAGUGUUUGAAUUAAUUGUGAUUGUAGUGGUCUACCUCAUACAUGGGGCAAACUUAAAGUUUUGCUAUUCUAGCUAAUCUAUAUAUAUAAACUAGUUGAUCCGACAGACGGUGGUACUGUGCAUAAUAAAUAAAAUACUGUUUUUUAUGUAUUUGUCAAUAAGUGUUCAUAACAUCAAUAAUUAUUUCGUAACGUAUGCUCCUUGUUGUUAUAAUGAAAUUGUUUCACAGCAGAACUGUCAAACCGUGCGUCAAUAAAUUCUCUCACAGAAAAUAUAUCCAUACAAAAUAAAUAUUGGUAGUAAAAAUAAUUAUGGGUCCCAAAUCGAAAUAAAAAGUAUCCUAUCUCUCAAAUUGGACCAAACUGCACUCCAUGAAGUAAUCCCCAUUUAAAUCCGUUCAUUAGUUUACGAGUCCAUCGCGGACAAACAACGUGUCACGUAAUUUAUAUAUAUUAAGAUAAUCUAAUAUAUAAAUUUUUGAAACGUUGCAACCUUCUUAGUAAUAAAAAAACAAUUGGCGGGAAAUCAUUUGUCAAUUGUUUUUUAUCACACAUCAAAGUUCUACGUACGCAACGAAAAUGGAAUUAAGUCGAGAAGAUUUUAGAGCGAUGAUUUAUAAUGAUUUCAAAAGUUCUCUCUCUCGGCAAGACUGUGUCGCUCGUCUUCAAAAUGCUUUUGAGAGAGAAGCACCUUGCUUGAUCACCGUGAGGCGAUGGUUUGCUGAAUUUGAGAGAGGUCGGGUUUCUUUAUAUGACGAAUUUCGUGAAGGGCAACCUUCAACUGCCGUCAACUAAAAUAAUGGUGGCCACUGUUAAGCGGCUAAUUGAAGAAAAGCCGCGGCUUACCUAUGAGACAAUUGGAGGACUAUUGGGGAUUGGUAUGAGCCAAAUUCAGAAAAUUUUACACGAAGAAUUGUAAGUUCGGAAACUAUGUUGUUGUUGGAUCCCUCAUGAACUGACAGCGGAGCAGAAACGGGCUCGCGUGGAAUGAUGCUCACAGAUGCUAAUGAUGUACGACCACGGACAUUCUAAUGCUGUUUAUGACAUUGUCACAGGAGACGAAACGUGGAUUUAUUGUUUUGAACACAAAAAAAAAAACAAUCUUGUGAAUGGGUGUUUGAAAAUAAGAACAGGCCAACAAAAGUGAGGCAGGCGAGAAACGUUGGUAAAAAAUUAUCGCAUUUUUUUUCUCAGCUAGGAGUCCCAUCUGCAUAAUUCCACUUGAAGAUCAAAAGAGUGUUAAUGCCGAGUGGUAUUCUACCAUUUGUUUACCCAGGGGAUAAAAAAAGGUCGCGAAAGACGACCAAAAAAGCCGCGUUCUCCUACAUCAUGACAACGCUUCUUUACACACGGCCAACAAAACUAAGUAAUUAUUAGCUUCAAAAAAGUACAACUCUUCACCCAUCUUGCACAUGCCCCGACCUGGGAUUUCUGUAUUUUCCCCAAAAUCAAAGAUUUGAUGCGAGGUUUCACUUUUACCAAUUCCGAAGAGGCGUGAUAGCGUUCAAUGAGCACUUAGAAAACAUGCCUUCAGAUCUGUAGUCCUCCUGUUUUAAAAAAUGGUUCGAUCGCAUGAAAAAAUGUUUAAAAUGUAAAGGAGAGUAUUUUGAAAAGCAAUAAACAUAAUAUUUUGGUUAUAACAUGUUGUUUUUUAAGUGAUGCAAAACUUUUUGUGUGACCUACAUAGUACGUUAAACAUCGUAAAAAAAAAACUAAAAAUUUGAAUAAAUAAUUGAAAAUUUCAAACAAACUAACCCUUACGUAGGUGCUAGUCACCUACGAGUUCUAAACGACAACAGCGCGACGUGGGACAAGUGUCAGCGCCUACGCUAGCCCGCGGCUACUAGAUUACUUGCAGGUUGCUCCGAAAUGAUAUUAUAUAAAAUUAAUUUAUUCAGAUGAAAUAUGUAUUUUUUAUUUAUGAUUAAGGUUAACUUUUAUCGUACUAAUUUGGCAUAUGUAACUACGCAACCGAGACUCCACUAAUACAUACGACCAACGACGAAAUUCACAUAACCUCAUUCGGUUUCUCGCCUUAUUUUGUUUUAUGGAAUUGCUAAUUUAUUUUUAUAUACAAAGGACGCUUCAAAGGUUCUUUUAAAAUUUGAAUGGACGCUAUUUCAAGUCGAAUACUAUCAUAUAAUUAUGAUUAUGCUACUGUCUUGGAAAUAUAGUCUAGAUGUUUUAUAAAAAAAAGCAACUUACCAAGUAUUGGGUAAAAAUUCGAACAAAAACAAAAAUUUUGCGAACUUAACUAUCACGGCCGAUGACGUGCGUAAAAAGGAUGCGGGAACUUCAAACUUAACUUAACUUGGGGUUUUUCCGUCUUUUGUGUGUCAACAUCCCAUUGUUUUUGUUCUAAUUUGUACAGAAUUUAACGGACUUUGAUUCCAUUAUAAGUUCAAAGUAAAAUAGCAAUUCCAUAAAACAAAAUAAGGCGAGAAACCGAAUGAGGUUGUGUGGGUUUCGUCGUUGGUCGUAUGUACUAUGGAGACUUAGUUGCGUAAUUACGUUAGUACAUAUGGCAAAUUAGUACGAUAAAAGUUAACCCUAAUCAUAAAUAAAUAGUACAUAUUUCAUCUGAAUAAAUCAAUUUUAUAUAAUAUCAUUUCGGAGCAACCUGCAAGCAAUAUAGUAGCCGCGGGCUAGCGUAGGCACUGAUACUUGUCCCACGUCGCACUGUUGUUGUUUAGAACGUUUAUUAUAAAACCAUGAACACUAAUAAAUAAAACCAAUUGUUUUCAUUGAAAAUACUCAUUCUAAAAUAUAACGGUGUUUCAACUUUGAUAUAUGACAAUGUUUGCGCGCCAAAAUCGCUCGGUAAUCAACUGAAUUGAAUCUUAGAGGGAUUGAUUUGCGAAGGUUUAGUGUCAAUUGUAGCUCGACGCUGUAUAAAUGCUUAUAAAUCGUGCCCAUAAAGAACCAAUUCUAAAAUGGCGACACCUAAUGAUUCGCUCUCACUCACACGUGUAAUAUCAUCUAUGUGCCAUUCCUGUUUCGCCGCCAUUUUAGAAUCGUUUCUUUACUGGCACGCGUUAUAUCCAAAUGCGUGGAUUGCUUAAGGCAUCUAGGGUCAAUCUGACUACACAUUUCCUUGAGAAGUGGGCAUUUACAUAAACAUUUUUCAGUAAAAGAAGGAAGCCGCGAUACUAUAGUAUUUUUUAAUUUAAUUUUAAGUUCUAAAUUUAAGUGGAAAUUAUAUGGAUUUAUAUUAUAUGUUUAAUAAAUAAUGCAAAUUUAAAAAUAAACGCGAUUAUUUUCUUUAA